GCCUAUACAACAGUUAUUACGGCCAAGAGCUGCAGACAACAUGGCAGCCUCCUUAAAGAGCGUUUGUGCUACAUAGCAUGAGUUUUGUAAUGUUACCAGGGGUAUUGAUAAUCUUUCAUUGAAUCCCCACUCUCCUCCUUUGGCAACGUUGAAAUCAAGACCCCCUUUGUCGAAAUUGUGUGCAUCCCACAUGUUAACAAAGAAGAUCUCCCCACUCAAAAGAGUCCUGGUUCUGGUUUCCAGACAUGCCAGUCACCUUGCAAGACAGCAGUAUGAUGUCAUUGUUGUGGGUGGGGGACAUGCAGGGACGGAAGCAGCGGCAGCAGCCGCCAGAACCGGAGCUGAGACACUUCUGGUCACACAGAAAAUACACACCAUCGGUGCCCUGUCCUGUAAUCCGUCUCUUGGGGGAGUUGGGAAGGGUCAGCUGGUGAAAGAGGUAGACGCACUGGAUGGUUUGUGUGGACGGGCAGGGGACUGGGCUGGCAUCCAUUUCUCCAUCCUUAAUCGUAGUAAAGGCCCUGCUGUAUGGGGCCCGAGGGCUCAGCUGGACCGCCAGCUUUACAGAGAAUUUAUUCAGGCAGAGCUGCUGUCUACUCCAAGACUGAUGGUGGUGGAGGGCUCAGUGGAGGAGCUGCUGGUAUCAGAACCAGACCCAGAGGAGCCGGGACAGCACAGAGUUACCGGGAUACGUUUGGCAAAUGGCAGCCACCCAAUUUCAGCCACCUCUGUGGUUCUUACAACCGGAACUUUCUUGUCGGGCUCCCUCUUCAUGGGCCAAACCAAGUCCCCGGGGGGGCGGAUAGGAGACGCUCCUUCAGGGCUGUCACACACACUAAAGGAGACACUCGGGCUGAGGGUUGGCCGGCUGAGGACUGGGACCCCUCCCAGGAUUGUGAAGGAUUCAGUGGAUCUUUCUUUGGCUACCAUUCACCCACCUGACUCUCAACCCAUUCCGUUCAGCUUCCUUAACACACACACACACUGCAAGCCUGAGGAGCAGCUGCCUUGUUACCUGACCUAUACAACACCUGGAGUAGAGAGAGUGGUGAGGGACAGUUUUCAUCUCAACUGUCACAUACAGCAAGACACCAAGGGCCCCAGAUACUGCCCCUCCAUCGAGUCCCGAGUGAUUCGCUUCCCGGGCCGAGCGCACCAGGUGUGGUUGGAGCCUGAGGGCUUGACCUCAGAUCUUUUAUACCCUCAGGGUCUCUCCAUGACGAUGCCCCCUGAUAUACAGCUCCGCCUCCUCAGAGAGAUCCCCCCCUUGCACAGAGCUGAGAUCCACACACCGGGGUAUGGCGUGCAGUACGACUUUGUGUGCCCUACCCAGCUGAGCCCGGCCCUGCAGGUGAAAAGCACCCAAGGUCUUUUUCUGGCCGGUCAGAUCAAUGGAACGACAGGAUACGAGGAGGCGGCUGCACAGGGUGUGUGGGCCGGGGUGAACGCUGCUCGUCAGGCUCUCUCCGUGCCUACAUUGUCGUUGUCCCGGACAGAGAGUUAUAUUGGAGUCCUCAUUGAUGAUCUGCUGAGUCAGGGAGUCACUGAGCCGUACCGCAUGUUCACCAGCCGGGCGGAGUUUCGAACUUCUCUGAGGCCGGACAACGCCGACCUCCGCCUCACUCUGAAAGGGUUUGAGGAGGCGGGAUGUGUGUCCUCUUCGCGCUACAAAGAGGCUGUGAGAGUGAGAAACACUCUGCAGGACGCUCUGUCAGCCCUGCAGGCUCUCGCUAUGUCAUCUCACAAGUGGAAAAAAAUGUUCCCCCAGAUCUGUAUCAGCGAGAGCAAAAGCACCACGCUGAGUGGUCUAGAACUGCUGCAGUACAAGGACAUUACCUUUGAAAUGUUGGCAUCGGCCGCCCCAGAGUGCCUUUCACCUUACAUGGAGUUCUCACAAAGACUCAAAAUAGAGGCUGUAUACCGACCUUACUGUGACCUCCAGAAGAAAGAGAUUAAGAGAAUUCAGAAGGAGGAGAACAUGGCCCUCCCUCAGGACUUGGACUAUUUCACUCUGCCAGUUUCACUCUCUCAAGAAGCUCGUGAGAUUUUACACAGAGUUCGUCCUAGCACCCUGGGUGCGGCGACCCGUUUGCAAGGUAUAACUCCAGCUACGAUCGUGAAUCUCCUCAACUACGUCCGGCACACAAAACAGAAGAAUAGACGGUCACACACAAACAAACCUGACCAAAGGGAGGAGAGAGAGGAGGAGGAGCAGCUUGAGAGAAAUGCAUCUUUACCUCAGUGAGACAAUGAGCGAGAAAUGUUUUUGUAA